AGACAGUCGAAUCAGUUGCAGGACUUACAGGGUAGAAAGACCAAACAUAAAGAUUGAAUACGCCUUCAACACGUACUAAUGGCCACUGCAGGUGCAGUCAGCACCAUUUCUGACGAUGAACGACGAUGGGUGAUCGUUGGUAUAUGUCUAAACAAAGUUCUCACUCCAGCAUUGAGAGAAGUUCUUGGAAAUGAAAUACCAAUGUGGUACCAAAGGCUACUCCCACCUCCUCACGAGAUCGAUAAACAGAUAUUCGGAAGACAUAAGAAGAAUUUGGCACCUUCUACAUUGAAAUUAAAUUAUGAAAGCAUCAACAACAAUCACACAAAUCACAAGUCGUUUGUUAGUAAAUAUGAUUAUGCUGUUAAAGAUGCAGUAUCUCUAGCAAAGUUGUUUGUGAAACCAUUCAUGGCUAACUUUAGUGGUUUUGAUGACACUAUGGAUACGUCUGCAGCUUUGUCACUCGUCGCUGAGGCUCAACCUUUUCACGCUUCUGGGGCUGGGGGUACGGCGAAAAAAAUAAGAUCAGACAUCAGAAAUGAGUGGGCACAUUGUGAUUUUGCACACUGGACAGACGUCGUUUACCAAGCAGCUCUAAAAGAUAUGGAGACAUUAAUAAAUCAACUCAACCUCACACAUGAAGAGCAAAAGAAAACGCUUGACGACCUGGAUGGAUGGAAAAAGAAAGGUUUGGAGCUGUGUUUUGGUCAGCCUGUUGAUUCUGAACUCCUAAAACUUGUGAAAACAGAAGUUGCUGAACUACGUGACUCUAUGAAAGAUUGGAAAAGGGAUGCAGAGUUUGAGCAGAGUAAACUUUUAAAUGCGCUGGAGGAUAUCGAGAAAUCUUUCACGCAGGAAAUCCACAAGUUGAAAAAAGAUGUGGAGCAAUUGAAAGUAGGACAGCUCGUAUUGUACGACAGUUUCUCACGAAAACACGAAGAACCGCCAUGUCUUUUCAUGGCACCUAAACAAAGUGUGUGGUUUAGUGGUCGAGAAUCUGAACUGACUUCUCUUCGAGACAUAUUAGACAACGAAAGCGGAAGUAUCGACGAAAAAGUAACCGUGAUAGCCGUAUCUGGCCUGGGAGGUAGCGGAAAAACAAGCCUUGCAGGAGAGUAUAUAUAUAAAUGGAGGGACUAUUACAAAGGAGGGGUGUUUUGGAUUUCCGGACAAGAUGAUGUCAAGUUAAAAGCAUCAUUUGAUGACAUAGCAGCGCAGUUCAACACCCUGGACAGCGACUCCGUUGAUGCUACAUUGUCCAAAACCUUGGCAGUGUUUUCGCGAAUUUCAAGAUCUUGGCUGAUGAUCAUUGAUGAUAUGGAUGGGCCUAGUCUUUCACAAAACGUACUCAAGCUGAUAUCUGGAUCUUGGCAAGCAAACAUCAAUGGGUUUGGCCAUAUCAUCAUAACAACACGGAGAACACCGCGAGAGUUAAAUGAAGAUAUUUCAGGUUUUAAAGAAUCAAGGUGUCUCCAACUUGAUAGUUUUGGGUGCGACGAAGCGAAGAAUUUUGUGUUCAAAAGGACUGGGAUUAGUCGCGAUGAACAAGCAGACAACACCGCAGAUCUUCUAUAUCAAAAUCUUGGUGGUUUACCAUUGGCUUUAGAGCAAGCUUGUGCUUAUAUCGUUUCACUUAGGUGCACCUUGCCUGACUAUUUAGAAGCCUACGAGAAGCAAUCUCUGCAACUUCUCAGCAAGAAAACGGCAAGCACUCCUUUUGGAACAUCGCCAGAACGAUUAGCUGUCCAUACGACAUGGAUUCUUAACUUUGAACAUAUUCGAAAGGAUCCAAACGGGAUUUUCGCCAUCCGUUUUUUGAACGCUUCUGCGUUUUUUGAUCGUAACGAAAUUCAAAAAGACCUCAUUAACGUUGGCGAACCUCGGGUUGACGACAAAGCAUAUUGUGAUCACGUGAGCUCUUCUUUAGGGCCACUUGAAGUCCUAAAACUCUUGACUGACUUUUCUUUCUUUAAAAAAACUCACGACUCUUCACUCACUGUUCAUCGCUUAGUCCAAGAGGUCAUUCGAGAAAGUUUGACUUUGGACGCUAAAGUUGAGAGCAUUGUUGACGCAGCCCGAGUGCUGCGUUUUGCCUUCUUAAAGUGCCCAUCUCCAGACAGCAUAUCAGAAAGCGUAUUAACUGAAAAAGGCGAUCGGUCUUCGCUUCAUUCAAUUGAUUCUUCCUGUUUCUAUAAGUGGCAUAAGUUGUGUUUACAUGCGUACGAAAUUAAAAGUAAUCUCGAACUUCUUCUAAAAGACGUCUCGAAUGUUAGAGGGAAAACGGUUUUUCUCCCAGAGGUAGCGAGAGCUGUUUACGAAUGUGCUUUGCAUUUGAAUGUGAAUAACUCAAGUAGUCAGGCAAAAGCUGCUGGUGAUUUUGCUAAUCGGAUUCUUGACUGGAAUCGCAAUGAGAUCAGGAAGCAGGAUUUGAAAGUAGUAUUUCCACAUAGGUUCCCCCUGUUAGAGCCUCUUCGCAGACGCAUACAAUAUUCUUGUAAGGCACCCCCUGAGAAAGACGACCUCAGUAUUCCAAACACCUCAGCUAACGAUUUCACGAAUUCUGAAAUUAAAACCCUGCGUUUAAAAGGUAAUUAUUUAUUCAAGAAAAGCAAUUUCGAAGAGGCUAUAAAGUUAUACUCUUUAUGUAUUGACAAAAGCAAAGAAAUAAAUUCCUUCGACCCUAGGUUAUUUAGUAAUCGUGCUUCUGCCUAUCUUAGAUUAAAGCAAUAUGAAAAUGCCCUAAGCGAUGCGGAGGAAUACAUUAAGCAUUCUCCUGAUUGUUGGAAAGGUCACGCUAGACAAGCCUUGGCUCUCUUCGGGUUGGGUCAAAAGUGGGAUGCAAUGUGUGCAGCAGCUGUAGCGUUUUAUCAUGAUCGCAACAUAUUCGACGAAUAUAAGCCAUUUAAAAUUUCAUUUCCUAAAUUGAAAGAAUUCAUUCAUAUUCGUAAUGAGGCCUCGGCAUUAGCUUCUGCGUGUUUUCACUUGCCACGUGGGGGUUAUUCAGGCAUGCCUGAGAAAAUUAUUGUUCUCGAGUCUGGAGAGUAUUCUCUUUCUUUAAAAUUGCAUUUAGAUAAUAUCAUUCUUGUUGGCGUUGGAGGUAAUGUUCAAAUAUCAUUUCUGGAUAGAUUUGGGUUGUCUAAUUCUGGUAACUUUAUGGCCGUUAACAUUUCCUUUAUAUUUAAAUAUGGAAGCUGGGUAACUAAACCCAACUCGUUAGUUAGGGUUUGUAAUUGCUCUAUUACUAGUGAAAACGAUCAUUGUGCUUUUGUGUCAUCAGGUGAUCUUUUUGUCAAAAAAUCUUGCUUUUCUAAUUGCCAAAAUGACGCUUUGCGUGUUAUUCAUGGAAGAGCCCGGAUUGUGGAUUCUGUAUUCUCAGCAAAUAAUUCUGAUGGAUUGAAGGUUAACGGUGAAAAGGGAAGUACGUAUACGACGCUUGAGAGCUGCAAACUUUACGGAAACGAAAUUGGUGUGAAUGUUGAUUUUGGUACGUGUGAUGUCAAUGGAUGUCAAAUGUAUGACAACAAGAAAUUCGGUGUGGCUGUGGGGAAAGGCGGGAAACUAACGCUAACGCGAAAUGAAAUAUUCCACAAUGAUCGGGAUGGAGUUUACCUUGAAAAAUCAUCAGCAAAGAUUGAGGAAAAUGAAAUCUUUCAGAACGGUUGGUUUGGAAUUUCAAUUAUAGCGCGAAACGACGAGUCAUCGUAUGUUGUUUCUGACAAUAAAAUCAGCCGAAACAAAUGUGGUGGCAUUCAUGCUACACCUACAUCAAAGUUACAACCGCCGUCGGUUAUCAAAUCUAAUUGGAUAUCUGGUAACGAAGGGCCAGGCAUUGACCAAACGAAGUCAUAUCCUGAUUCAAUAAAUAGUCCACCGUCCACGCUCCCAAAUGACGAAAACUUGCAAGAAGCAAAAUGUGCCGAUAACAUACUUAAAAACAAUAUUGAAGAUGGAGAACCACCACCCUUACAGGUUCUUCCUCACGUUUGUUCGUUCUGUCAUAAAAAUGAUAAAUUGAAGAAAUGUACGAGAUGCUAUAUUUCUGGAUACUGCAAUCCAAAAUGCCAGAGAGGUGAUUGGGAGCAUCAUAAGAAAAAUUGCGCUAAAGUUUUAGAUAAAUACACCGUUUUAGUGAAAGUCCUCCCAUUGUCAAUCUGUUUAAUCGGGGACAAGGGAGUUUUGCCGGAUUUCAGUGAAAUGAAAGCUCCAUACGAUUGGCUGGAACCAAGUGGUCCAGAAUACGAAAGGGCACCGGAGUUUGGUAAACGUUUCAUUGUUAAAGUGCAAGCCUGCGAUAGUUGGAGGAAAUCGAAUGAAGGAGGUUUGGAGCUGUGUUUUGGUCAGCCUGUUGAUUCUGAACUCCUAAAACUUGUGAAAGCAGAAGUUGCUGAACUACGAGACUCUUCGAAAGAUUGGAGAAAGGAUGCAGAGUUUGAGCAGAGUAAACUUUUAAAUGCGCUGGAGGAUAUCGAGAAAUCUUUCACGCAGGAAAUCCACAAGUUGAAAAAAGAUGUUGAGCAAUUGAAAGUAGGACAGCUCGUAUUGUACGACAGUUUCUCACGAAAACACGAAGAGCCGCCAUGUCUUUUCAUGGCACCCAAACAAAGUGUGUGGUUUAGUGGUCGAGAAUCUGAACUGACUUCUCUUCGAGAUAUAUUAGACAACGAAAGCGAAAGUAUUGACGAAAAAGUAACCGUGGUAGCCAUAUCUGGCCUGGGAGGUAGCGGGAAAACAAGCCUUGCAGGAGAAUAUAUAUAUAAAUGGAGGGAUUAUUACAAAGGAGGGAUGUUUUGGAUUUCCGGAGAAGAUGAUGUCAAGUUAAAAGCAUCUUUUGAUGACAUAGCAGCGCAGUUCAACACCCUAGAUAACGACUCCCUCGAUGCUACACUGUCCAAAACCUUGGCGGUAUUUUCGCGCAUUUCACGACCAUGGCUGAUGGUCAUUGAUGAUAUGGAUGGGCCUAGUCUUUCGCAAAAUUUACGCAAGUUGAUAUCAGGAUCGUGGCAAUCAAACACCAAAGGGCUCGGCCGUAUCAUCAUAACAACACGGAGAACGCCGCGAGAAUUAAAUCAAGAUAUAUCUGGAUUCAGAGAAUCGAGUUGUCUCAAACUUGAUAGUUUUGGGUGCGAGGAUGCGAAGAAUUUCGUGUUCAAAAGAACUGGGAUUAGUCGCGAUGAGAUGGCAGACGAGAACGCCGACAUUCUAUAUAAAAACCUCGGUGGGCUACCGUUGGCUUUAGAACAAGCGUGUGCCUAUAUCGUUUCCCUUGGUUGCACCUUAUCUGAAUAUUUGGAAGCCUACAAAAAACAGUCCCUAAGACUUCUCGACAAGGAGAAAGCAAGCUCUCCACACGGAACUUCCCCAGAACGAUUGGCAGUUCGUACCACGUGGCAUCUCAACUUUGAACAUAUCAAAAAAGAUGCAAACGGGAUCGUCGCCACUCGUUUUUUGAAUGCUUCGGCGUUUUUGGAUCGCAAUGAAAUUCAAAAAGACCUCAUUAACGUUGGCAAACCCCGUGUUGACGACAAAGCAUAUUGUGAUCACGUGAGCUCUGCUUUAGGUCCUCUCGAAGUCCUGAAACUCUUGACUGACUUUUCCUUUUUUAAGAAAACUCGCGACUCUUCCCUCACUGUUCAUCGUUUAGUCCAAGAGGUCAUUCGAGAAAGUCUGACGUCGGAGAGGAAAGUUGAAAGCAUUGUUGACGCAGCCCGUCUAUUACGUUUUGCCUUCUCACAAUGCCCGUCUCCUGAUAUAAUUUCAGAAAGUGUUGCAACUGAAUAUGGUGAUCGACCAUCCCUCUAUCAAAAUGAAUCUUCUAAUUUUUAUAAGUGGCAUAAGUUGUGUUUACAUGCCCAUGAAAUUAGAAGGAAUCUUGAACGUCUUUUGGAAGUCGUCAGCGAUGUUACCGGAAAAACUGUCUUUCUACCAGAGAUAGCGAGGAUUGUUUACGAAUGUGCUUUGCACUUGAAUGUCAAUAAUUUGAGCAGUCAGGCAAAAAUUGUCGGAGAUUUUGCUCAUCGUAUUCUUGACUGGGGUCGCGGAGAGAUUUUAGGUAAAAGCAUUCCUUGUGCUCUGUUGUCCUCAGGAAAUCUUAUGGUCAAGAAUUCUAUUUUCCGAAGUUGUGAAGGUAACGCUUUGGUCGUUCAAGGGAACGCUUGGGUCGAGGAUUCUGAAUUUUCAGCAAGCAAAUCUGUUGGAUUACAAGUUGUUGGUUUUGCAAAUCUUCAGCUUAAGAACAGCAAACUUUACGGAAACCAGUGGGGUUUGGAUGUUAAGUUUGGUACGUGUGAUGUUACCGGAUGUCAAAUAUAUGACAACAUGAAAAUAGGCGUGGGUGUCGGAAAUGGCGGGAAAGUAAAGCUAACACAGAAUGAAAUAUUCCACAAUGAUCGACAUGGAGUUUGUCUCAUUGGAAGAUCAAGGGCAGACAUCGAAAAAAAUGAAAUAUUUCAGAACGGUUUUUAUGGAAUUGCAACGAUGAGUGACGCGUCUUGUUUUGUUUCGAAUAAUAAUAUCUACCAAAAUAAAUGUGGUGGCAUUCAUGCAGUACCUGUAUCACGCCAACAACCGCAGUCAGUUAUUAAAUUUAACAGGAUAUCUGGCAACGAAGGCCCAGGUAUUGACCAAAUGAAGGCAUUCUCCGAUUCUGUGAAUAGUCCGUUUCCCACGUUCUCAAAUGACGAAGUUUUGACAGCAAAAUGUACGGGAAACAUACUUGAAGAAAACAUAAGUGACGGCAUGCCACCACCCUCACAAAAUUUACACGACGUCUGUUGGUUCUGUCGAAAAAAUGUGGAUUUAAAAAAGUGUAUGAAAUGUUUCGUAUCAGGAUACUGCAAUAAAGAAUGCCAAAAAGCCGACUGGGGACAUCAUAAGAAAGAAUGUGCUCGAAUUUUAGAGAAAUACAGCGUUUUAGUGAAAAUUCUACCAUUGUCACUGGGAUUAAAAGGCGAUAAAAGCGUUGUCACCCCGGAAUAUGAAUACAAGGCACCUUUCGCGUGGUUGGAACAAAGUGGCCCGGAAUACGAAAAAGCACCAACGUUUGGUAAACGUUUUAUCGUUAAGGUGCAAGCCUGCGAUGUUUGGAGAAAAUCGAAUUACGGAGGUGCUAUGCUCGCUAUAGAAGAUCGUAGCCAAACCAUUAACGGUGAUCUUGAUAUGAACGACGAACAAUGCCUUGGAAUUUAUAAUCUUCUUCGCUUGGAGGUGAAGAUUUCAGAACAUAUUGCUAAUACUGGCCGGGAGGUUCAACUUGUUGAUUCCCAAACAAGUUUAAAAUAUGUUUGA